AUGCUGCAUGUGACUGAAGACGACAAAGUCAAAGUGGUACAAACAAUGCAUUACGAGAACGUAUUGCAGAAUAUUCGUGCUCACUAUAAACUGGCUCACUAUAGCAAACGCAAUGAGAAAAAUCUUCUUCGAAUGACUGUCACUAUCGCUCUUAUAACAUCAAAUACAAUCCUCAUGUUCACGAUUCCUGACAUGAUUCUUCUGAAAUAUCCAGAUUAUAACUCUAAUAUACUCUACAUAAUGAAUCUAAACAAGGGGGUGAUCAACAUCAUCAUCUUCGUUGUCACUCAAAGGUCGUUCCGACAAGUCAUUCUGGGCCGAUCAGCCACAAGCAUGAACGUCACUUCAAUCAGAAUCGUUGGGAAACAACGACACUCGUUCGAGGUCGUCAAUGGUAGCAGUGGAAAGUCUACUAAAGUUACUGCUGUAAAAGUUGGCUUGUGA